AUUCUGAACUUCAAUGGUCGCGAGGGCAGGAGGGUGACGGCUCGCGCAGGACAAACAAACCCGUGUGUGUUCGGCUUUACAGACCUUUCCCGGUACCAUGUCAUUCCGUCGAACCGGUCCGGUCCCCCCCCUCUUCCUCCCCCUCCUCCUCCUGUGCGCGCGGCUGGAGGUGACCGUCGCCCGCAGGAGUUCACCGGAGCACGAGGACGUCCAGCAGAAGGUCCAGAGCGCCAGGUGCGCGUCCAGGUGUCUGAGUCUGCACGUGACACAGCUGACCGCCGCCUUCAGACACAUCCAGAGUGACCAAGUCCUGGUUUGGUGUGAAAACCACAGGCGCUGUGCACAGUGCCUUCAGCCGUGCAAAGAACUGUGGGAAACCAGAAAAGUUUUGUCUCCAAAGUCCUGUGAGAAACAGACAGAAUGUGUGACGAGUCGGGAGUUUCUGGCGUCUCUCAGGUUGUCUCGUCAGGGCGACUGCCCUCCGCCUCAGCGGGCCACCGGAUUCGCUGCAGCCUGUGUGGAGAGCUGCUCAUCCGACCAGCAUUGUCCCGCCCCCAGGAAGUGCUGCUCCAAUGGCUGUGGACACACCUGCCAAGCUCCUGCUAAUCUGUACAAAAGUGUUCCUCUGAAGCCUCGCAGAGAGAUGAGCUUUGUGGAGGAUUCUGAGGGUCGUGUGAGGGUCCUGUGGGUAUCAAAGUUCAACGUCAGCAUGGAGCCGGUCGUUUACGUUCUCCAGUCUCGCUGGAAUCUGGGCAUUCACCCCAGUGAAGACCAUGCCUCUCAGUGGACCACUGUCGCUAUGACCCUUUCUGAGGACGUGCUUCUGUCCGAUCUGAGGCCUCAGCGCUGGUAUCAGUUCAGGGUCGCUGCCAUCAACAGCCACGGCAGCCGAGGCUUCACCACGCCCAGCAAGCACUACAUCUCCAGCAAAGAUCCGUCACCUCCAGAACCUCCGCUGAAUAUCAGAGUGAGCAACCAGACUCUAGACUGGACUCCUUCAUCCCACUUCACUGAGAGCUCCAGAGGAAACGGGGUCACAGUGGGGGUCCUCGUACGCUGGGAGCCCCCCAGGGAGGGAGACCUGCCAGUGCACAACUACAGAGUCACCUGGAUGCCUCGACAAGCACACACGGCCAAUAAACACACACAUUCACUGCAUUCUGCACACACACGUACAGCGCACAACAACAUGCACACACACACACGGCUCACACACUUACAUCCACAAGGAGAGAGUAGAAAGGACAGCAGCAGCAGAGUGACUCAAGGGGCGCAGUGUGAGCUGUGGCUGCAGGCUCUGCAACCUGCUACUUCUUACUUCCUGUCCGUUCAGACGGUGGCCUACUGGGGUCAGAAGAGACUGAAGAGUCCCAAAGCACAUAUUUUAUUCACCACCGUCACUCAUACAGGAGAAGACUUCUCCAACGAGCUCCCCUCUUCCUCUUCCUCAUCUUCCUCAUCCCUUCCCUCCUCUCCUUCCCUUUCAUCUGCCUCCCCCUCCUCCUCUGACCAGACUCCUUCCUCUUCACUUCCUCACCCUGAAUCCUCCUUGAACCCCCUCACCCCUGGGACCCUGCGCCUGGAGGUGGCUGCUCCUCAUUACCAUAACAACCAGCUGCAGGUGAAGGUGUUCUGGAAGUGGCCUUAUCACGCCAGACAAAGACACGCUGGUCCAUACGUUCUGCGGUGGCGUCCACAUACCUGCAGUACUAAUGUUACAAGCAGCGAAACAACAGCGUCUGUGCAGGGCACACAUCACACCAUUACAGGCCUGCUGUUUGCCUGUAAGUACCGGGUUGCCGUGGCGAUGAAGGCUGACCCGGGGUCAGAAGCUGUUGCCUGGGUUACAACCCCGACUUGUGCUUCCGUCAGAGUCCGAGGAGGAAAACCUUUACCCUGCAACACCGAGGAGCACCUCCUGGUGGGCAGAAAAGUGGUACUGCGUCCUGAACGGCUCACAGCAGACUUCCAACAAGUCAACGGCACCCUGCUCACCACAUUUCGAUGGAGGAUGUCCCAGCAUGCACUGGAUCCAACAGCCGUCGAGGGAUUCCAGUUCACCUGGACGCUGCAGUCCGGUGUUACCACGGCAACGGAAGACCAGGAAGACACAGUUAUCUCUCAAACGCAGACAAUUGCACCGUCUCAGAGAUCAGUAACAGUUCAAGGUCUUCAAGGAGACAGCGUUUACCAGCUCCAGCUUCAGGUGUUAACAGCAGGGGGCAGCAUCGGCACCGCAGUGUCCAAGACCAUCCACACCCCAGCCAUGAACGCAACGCUCUGGUAGAUCCCAGCCCCACACAGCUGUCACCAUCUGCUGCAUCACUGCCAUUUCUAACAUAAAGGAAAAUAAAGUGAAGAUGAUCCCAUUCUCAUAAGAAAAGCAUUGGCUGUUUGAUUGUAUUGUUCCUCUUACUUUGCAAACACCUGGAAUGUUCUAAGCUUUUUCUAAUGGAAAAAUGAUUUGUACUGCAGUCAGUAAUCUGUCAGCUGACAAGAGGGUAAUGGCGUAAACCUGCGUUGUUUUUUUUAAUGUAAAAUAAUUGUAAAACAACAGUACAUGGUGUCAUUUUCACAUCAUUUGCACUCAGUACUCUCAGUUGGUUCACUUGUACCUUUAUAUCCCACUACUACGUCUUCACUCCUAAAAAAAAAAAA